AUGUCGAAAAGGUCAUCCUUACCACAAGAAAAUGCAAAUGCUCUCCGACAGAUUAACACUACUACUGUUAACCAACUGCUGGGGUUACCAGGGAUGACGUCCACUUUUACAGCCCCGCAACUCUUACAGUUAAGGAUCAUAGCCAUAACCGCCUCCGCCGUGUCUCUACUUGCCGGGUGCUUUGGGAUGUUUUUCCUUUCUAAAAUGGACAAGAGGAGGAAAGUCUUUAGGCAUGAUCUCAUUGCAUUUUUGAUAAUUUGCGACUUUCUUAAAGCUUUCAUCCUGAUGGUUUAUCCCAUGAUUAUCCUGAUUGACAACAGUGUGUACGCAAAACCUGCAUUUUUCAAUACCUUGGGGUGGUUUACAGCCUUUGCAAUUGAAGGUGCAGACAUGGCUAUCAUGAUAUUUGCCAUUCACUUCGCUGUUUUAAUUUUCAAGCCUAACUGGAAAUGGCGGAAUAAAAGAUCUGGAAAUAUGGAGGGUGGAUUAUACAAGAAGAGGUCAUAUAUCUGGCCCAUCACUGCUUUAGUGCCGGCCAUUUUAGCAAGCUUAGCCUUCAUCAAUUAUAAUAAGCUCAAUGAUGAUUCUGAAACUACUGUGGUGUUGGAUAAUAAUAAUUAUGAUUUUCCCGAUUCUCCCAGACAAGGUGGUUACAAGCCUUGGAGUGCAUGGUGUUAUCUACCGCCCAAACCUUACUGGUAUAAAAUAGUAUUAAGCUGGGCUCCCAGAUAUUUUAUUAUCAUUUUUAUAUUUGCGGUCUACCUCAGCAUUUAUAUUUCCGUUACCAGUGAGAGUAAAAGGAUCAAAGCCCAGAUUGGAGAUUUCAAUCAUAAUUUACAGGAGGAAGAGAAAGAAAAGAAAAUCAUGUUUGGUUUGGGUCAUUGGGGCAAAGCCAAAUGGUAUUUUCAAUCAUAUUUCCGGUCGCCUUUGUUACAUUUGCUGAAGAAUUUGAAGAAUUUCUUCACUAUCUCGCUGGUAGAUCCGACUGAGGAAACAGACGAUUCAAGUAGUAGUGGUACUUUUGAUCUCAGCCAAAGCUCCCAUGAAAUUCCUACAAUUUUCGAAAAGACAAAGACAGGGAGCGAUGAAAAUGUUUCGAUGAAUGGUGGAGUUCGUUUGCUUGACUAUAACACUACAAAACAACAGGAUAAACUUCAACCUGCGACGUUUAGGGAUCCAGAUCUAGAGAAAAAUGAUUCGCUUGAUUGUGACAAUGACAUUUCAUUGAAUCCUUUGGGAUUUAUGAGCAAACAAAGCGAGCAUAACAUUUCUUUCGACGUUGAAAAUGAAAGAGGAGAUACAGGGAAAAGUUCGGUGCUGGGACAUCAGACUUUUUUUGGUCCAAAUUCCCUAGCAUCGCCCUUCGAUACAUAUGAUGAUGAUAACGAUAACAACAACUACAAUAAUAAAAAUAAAAAUGAAAAUACCAAAAAUAACAGUAACAAUAGCAAUUUAGCCGAUAAUAUUCCCAUAGCUCAUAAUAGAGCGCUUACUCAGUAUCAAGAAUCUUCACAGGAUACUAUUAAUAAUAAAAACGAAGAUGACAAUUCAAAUUUCACAGAUGUGCAACGACAAUUUCAAACUCAAACCUACCAACAAAUGAAAAAACGUAGGGCGCAAAUUCAGAAAAAUUUGAGAGCAAUAUUUAUUUAUCCACUGUCAUACAUUGCGAUUUGGCUUUUUCCCAUCAUCGCGGAUGCUUUACAAUACAAGCAUGAAAUAAAACACGGGCCCUCUAUGUGGGUAUCAUACAUUGACACUUGUGUAAGACCAUUAAGUUGUCUUGUUGACGUCAUUGUUUAUCUAUUCAAGGAAAAACCUUGGAAUUAUUCAUGGGCCAAAACGGAAUCAAAGUAUUUAAUAGAGAAAUAUGUUUUGAAAGGCGAGCUUGGCGAAAAGGAUAUUAUGGAGUUUUGUCAUAGCGAUUGGGGCAAAAGAGGUUGGUAUUAUCGUGGGAAGUGGAAGAAAAGAAAGUGCUGGAAAUAUUCUACUAAUAUUUUCAAGCGUACGAUAUGGUUUAUCGAACGUAUUUUUAAACAAUUGUUCGAACUGAAAUUAAACUUCGAUUUUUAUGACAACUGUGACGAUUUUGAGUUUUGGGAAAACUAUUACUCAGCCAAAGAUUCAAGCGAUAAUAAGCGCGCAGAGUCAGAUGAGAUCAAAACGAAUAAUAGUGACCGUUCUCUCCCAUCAAACUCACUCGAGCUCCAGACCAUGCUAAAUUCCACUAGGUCUGAAGAGGUUGAGGUGCCAUUGUUUUGGAGGUUUAUCCAUCAUAUUCCGAUGCUUGGUGGUAUAGAUCUUGAUGAGCUAGACAGGUCGCUGAAAAUACGGUACAAUAACGACCAUUUUUCCUUACCUGGAUUGAAAUUUGCAUUGAGGAGAAGAGAAAGUCAAGAUCAAGGUAAAGAUGUCUCGAAUGACAGCAUAGUUAAAUCAAGCUUCUUUUCUAAUAAUGUUAUCACAAAAAAUGACAAAAGCAGCAUAGAAGAGAAUAAGAAUUCACGUUAUCAGGAGGCUGCCAUCUCCGAAAACGACUUUAGCGAGCCAGCAAUCACCUGUAAUACUCCCCAUUCAGUAAAUGAUUCUCAGAAUGAUAGUGAUAGCAAUGGUAUGGACUUGAUAGCUUUCUUGAAAAAUGGACCAUUAUAA